CUCCCACACACACACACACACACACAAACACAAAUCUCUCUGACCAUCACGUGGAUGUUCCUUCUUUGACCGCCGCGAAACAGGAAAAAUCAAAAACAAAAACCCCCAAGCAAGUGGAGACGGAUGAGGUGGCUGGGAACAACAGCCCAUUCAACCCGAGUCCCCAUGCCCAAUCCAGCUGGUUCCACAGCGCUGGCCGCGGCCCCACGAGGACUCCCUUGCCUCCGUCUCCCCUACACUACAUACAACCAUCUACAACUGUCUGCUGGCCCGGGGAGCCCGCCGGGAGCCGCUCCGCUCUUCGCAAAUCAUCGACCCGGUGGGAACCACGUCUCCGAACCCACUGCUGCCCCCUUCCUCGCCGUGUUAGCUCGUCGGCCCGGGGCUCCUCGUCAUGUUGGUCUACGUGUACUCUGUAUAGUACACGUAGAUCCGUCAACGACUUAUCAUCUGUCUACAUGCACAGUUCUGAAGGCGCGCCGGAUGGAUCCAUCACUCUCGCAUGCCUAUGCGACUUUGUCCAACGUUGUUCGUUUUGUGUAUCCCUUUCUGCCAGACACGCGCCAUCCAAUCGAUCACAGUUCAAAAGGUACAGAGUUGCCGGGUAUCUUUCUACAUCAUUACAGCCAUGUACAAAAACUUUUAGGUGUCUGUAACGACAAUCCCCCUCCCCCGGGAGAAGAUGGUCAAGGAAAACCACCAUCCAUCCGCGCGUUUGAUGAACUCACAUGCCGUGGUUCCAUAUCGCUCCAUGUUUUCGCCUCCCAGACCAUCCGUUGCCGCGGCCCAGACCCAUAUACAUCGUAUGGUAUCUAAACAUGCUUCUAUCAUCCCAUAAUGCAUUAUCCCCCUUCCGUCUGUCUUACUCUUCUUUCG